AUGCGCAUCCACGAGAGCGGCCUUGACCGCACUCCCGACACACCCACUACAUCCAACACAUCCACCGUGCACACCCCCACUCUCGUUCCAUCCGUCCGCGACACCACCACCACCACCGCCUCCUCUGUAGCUGACACUGACACCGCCGACUUCUCAUGCCCACACUGUCCACGCACAUUCACCUCACGCAUCGGCCUGGUCGGUCACUUGCGAAUCCAUCGCACAGAGACUGGCGAACCAGUGCCUGGAGCACCCACCUAUACCCAUCAAGCUCGUCUCAACUGCCCACACUGUCCUCGCACUUUCAGGCAUCGCAUGAGCCUAUUCGGUCACAUGCGCAUCCACGACGACCUGCGGUAGACAACCGCCGGCCACACCACACAUUCACUCACUCCCUACCUCCUCCACCACCACCAUCACCCCACCAGAAAUCAACACUCACAUACCUCAUGCACCCAACUGCCACCUCCCAUGCAAGUGGGAAGUCCGCAUCCCGACUCGGUCCCCAUGCGGCUUCGGCUGCACGGGUGACUUGAGUCCGAGACUAUCCCGACACGUCAAGCGUCGUGGAUAGGAAGGUUGCUGAUUGACGCCCGCUCUCGGUUCACGCAGUUCGUCGCGUUGUGUGUGUGUGUGUGUUGUGUGGAGUGGCGGACAGGUGGGCUGGGGACGAGCUGAAACAGCACCUUUCACGGCCCUCUCACGCAAGUGAGAGACACGCCGUUCAACCCCCGUUGUGUGAAAUCCUGGUGUUUGUGUGUGUAUGGGGGGCCAGGUCGUGCUGUGGUGCGCGCAGACAUGGUCAGUCGACCAUGUCAGCCACCGCGCCCAUUCCCCACUCCAGUCUUCUGACCGGCUCGGACAGCGGCUGGGGUGUGGGGAUAGGAAGGGAGAGUGAGGUCGACGACUCAGCGCACUUUCUCCUCACUAUAAACAAUCUGACGCGCUUGAAGCUACCACGGUGCGCUAAAAGCCGUGGCUUGGAAGGUUGCCAACUGACGGGGUACCUUGGACCUCCUCCUUCACUGGAGGCGGUCUGAGAGUCAGGCUGCAAUGGCUCCUUUUUAAUGUGGCCUUUAUGGCAUCCCCACCACAGUGUGGGAUCCGAGCCAGGCGUUGGCGGCACGCCCAGGGGCGGCUUCGGCCGUGCCAGCCUCCAAAUCUCUGUUGUGUUGGUUGAAAUCCUGGUUAUCGCUGUGUGGACCAGGGGGUGAGGUGGAACGCCAAGGUGAGGAUCCGUCCGAGCCAUCCACCUGCGACCUCCCUCGUCUCCGGUCUUCUUGACUCUGUCUUGACACCGGGUCCAGGCGGGGGAGGAGGAGAGAGUGUAGGUAGAUGCUACGCAAGUCUACCGGCACUAUAAACCCCUGCGUAAGUCACCGUCCCUGCUCCCAUUGCUGCUGCAACUGUGGGGCACACGGUGGACAUCAUCGAAACCGAUGGUCGAACUGUCACCUGAACGUAGUCCAGCAGAUGCCAGUGACGCCACCGAGGGUGAACCCACAUCGCCUUCCCCGAAUCGGAAGACGAAAAAUGUUGUUCAGAAGAAGACUGUGUUCCACACAGGCCUCUAAGGGGAGGCUAUUGCAUUUGCAGCUGCCGAUCACACAACAACUGAGCGCUCCCUUCAGGCAGCAUGGUCUGUGCUAAAGCCUGCACGGAGGCCGCUAAUGACAGGCAUUUCGUCCAUCUGCGGCACAGCUGACCGAAGGCAGUCUAGCCUGUGCUGGCGCGGGCACGGACGCCACCGAUAACAAGCAGUUUGUCCAUUUGCGACAUGGUUGGCCGGAGGACUUGCAGCUCUUCAUAGAACUUGUCCUCGGCGUCAUCGGAGUUGAUCAUUGAGGGGACGAGAACGCUGACAAAUAUGUUCCCUCGGAUGAGAAACCUCGGGAUUAUGAGGCGGUAAUUGAUGCCCUGUGGACAGUCGUCUCACAACGUCGUGCCUGAUGACAAAGGAGACUCCUAUUUCCCCUUGUUAUGCUCCUGAACGUUCGCUUCGGAAAAUGUAUCCAACACUCAUAUUCUACACUUAGCCCUGCUCAGAGAAGCGGAUCUCACUGGCAGCCGAAAGGCCAGUUUGUGGGCGACUAGGGUCAUCAUCCUUUCUUGACGCCUUGCCAGCGUGAAUCGUGUCACUCUGACCGUCUUUGGGGAGGCAUAGGAAUGUGGAGGGAAGUUGUUUUUUGUAGUUUGUCGAACGCAGGUUUCGCACCCACAAGCCACAGUCGGCUUGUGGAUGGGGUGUUUUAACAUGGAUUUUGAGGGCACUUUUUCUAGCCUCCUCCCCCGCGAGGGGGUAAGUAGAGCUACCCCUAAAUAGGGCUGCUUAGUCAUUGAAGGCGGUUGAGGUAUCCCACUAGAGAUCAACAUCUUUGCCUGGUAGAAGGAUUAUCCGAGUUAGGCCGCGUCGCCUAUGGGAUUACAUAUCGUGAUGUAUGUGGGAGUGGGGAGGGAGUUUGGGAAUUAUUUCGGGAUACUCUCAUCCGGCCUAGCACUCCGGUCAAGGACGGUUUUCGGGGUUUGGCCGCCGUACUAAUCGUUGCCCUAUGAAGCCAAAAUAUGAGCUGGAUGUCGCUACCGGGCAAAGCAGAGGCAGGCAGUAGGACCAUCGACGCGUUCAACAUACUGGACCUUCUUGCCAUUUGCUUCUAAAACGGGUCAUACGGUAGAUGGCUUGGACUAGAUCGAUGUCCGGCAGGCUUUAUCGGAAAUACUCACCUAUAACUAAUGUCGACAUUGGGGAUGUAGUGACAUUCCCAGUUGCAUGUCGAGGCUGCGCCAAUUGGGAUUCAUACCGUCCCCUACUUUGUUUUGUGGUAUAAAAGUUCGCCCAGCGUAUGUUAUAGACCGAGGUGUGGCCUUACGCCGUGUCGGCCACCCGCCCCAUCACCCGCCUCCAGUCUUAUUGACUUUGUCUUGACAUCAGAUCCAGUUGAAAGAGGAGGAGAGAGUGCGAUAGAUCCGGCGCAAACCCACUAUUAUUAGAGACGAACUCCCUCGCCUAUCACCGUUCCUGCUCUCACCCCGCUGUGGAGCACACGAUGGACAGCGUCAAAAACAACGGUAGAACUGUAGUUGCUUACCACCAUGAUCGGGCCAGGGCCAGUUGGCGUUACCUACGCUACAUUUUCGUGCAUGGUAGUUGCCGGCAACGUAUUUGCGGUAUGGCAUAAUCGUUAGUGCAAGGUUCUAUAAUGCUCAUUAAACUGCAUCGACGAAACUGGUGUGACCGUACAGCUACAGCGUGGGUUCCCGGUCACGCCGACCCUACGACACGACGCCCGCCUGAACGACUCUUUGUUAGAGUUUCGAUCGUCACCUUUUGCUGGAUCUUCACGCACGUUGUUAACAGCCACUCCUUGCGUAGCGGUCCCGAUGAACUAUUCUGCGGACCACCCCCAUCCUCACUGCGAGGUCAUCAAAAUCAUUCUAACCUGGCCCAAGCACCUAAUCGCCGUUAUACGGAGGACUGGGACCUCACUGAACCCUGUGUAACACAACAUCGACCAUUCCAGAAGAGUUUUUGAUCGGCUUCCAAGUAUGCUUGCUGCUGCUGCCCCGAAUGAGCGCAAGUUCUCCGCCUCAUUCAGUUUGUAAUUUUGGUGCUCAUGUCACAUUGGUUUGGUGUUCACAAAUAUAUUCAGAUUAGAGGAUUGUAUGUUACUGGUUCCGUUUUGAUUCGACUUUCUGGUCUAUAGCCCUGGCAGCCGGUCAUCCGUUCUCCGUCCAAAAGGCAGGACAAGCCAGUGAACUUUACUUAUAUGUGAACUUGUGUACUUCCGAUCUCGGCAGACGGAAUGUGGGCCCGGCAGCUCAUAUCGUCUGACAUAAGGGCCGAUUGGUCAUCUAGCCGGUUUUCGCCUCCUAGAUCCUCGACUGUUAUGUUGGCGCCCGACUGACUAAGGGCGCAAAUAGGCCAAAAUUUGUCAUUAGUGUCUGCUGUCGCAGUCAGAAACCCCUAUUGAUUUUGAUGUUGUUUAAAGCUAUAGCUGGAUUCCUCUACUUUGAUGCUGUAAAAAGUAACUCUGACAGUCUGUCGUUACCGGCCAUGUCAACCGUGUGCCCCACAGCAUGAUGGGGGCAGGGAUGGUGAAGUGUGCGUGAACUAGUUUGUAGUUAUGGUAGACUUCCGUCGCAUCUACCUUACUGUCUCCUCCAAAGUCCCACCGGGCCCGGUGUCAAGACAGAACCAAUAAGGCUGGCGGUAGAGUCGGACGUAGCGGCUGACAAGGCUAAACUGUCCGUCUGCGUACACAUUUGGUCUGCACGCAGUAGAUCAGGGUUUCACCAAAAAAACGAAUGGACGACUCUGAUCCCAGCAGGGUUUGACUGACAUAGAGGCCGCAUUCAGUAGUCAUAACAGCCUGACUCUCGUCGCUUGGCAGCCUUUUAAGCUACGGAUUUUGAGGAACCGUGAUAACUUCAAGCGCGUCACUUUGACUGUAAUGAGGAAAACGAUGAUGAACUGCGGUGAUGAAGUCCCCCUAGACGACCUUAUUCUGUCAUCUCUAAUUUAGGCCUAAGUCCGUUGUCUGAGAUGAUCAGACGUCUGAUGCUUCGAUCGAGUGCAAUGACUGACACAACUAGGCCUCCCGUCUACGCAUGCACACACGACCUACUCCCCACACAACAUGCCAGACUUCCACACAAAGGGUGUCGGCCGUUCGGAUCUCACAUGCGUUAGAGUGACGGGAAUGCCACGUGAAGAGGGAGUCAAAUAGCACAAUUUCCACCUACGCGUGAGAUGCCGAGCUCAUGUCCGCCGUUUGCAAUGUUGGACGUUCCCAUGCAUGGUGCAUGUAUUGAUGGGGUAAUAUGCGGUGACGUAGUUUAAUCUGCGUUGGUUUCCUGGAGAUUUGCAUGGAACCGCAUGUGACCGAGUAGACCCAUGCGGUGAAUGAUUGUGGUGAGCAGUGCGGACAGUGGAGGCGGAUUCGGCAACUGUAUAUCGGAGCCCCUGACACUGGGUUACAGAUGUCAGUGCGAUGGAUUCGAAAGAGACCGAUCAGACCGAUAAGUGAAGUGAAGGUACGAUCAUAAUGAGGACAUCUUGGAAUCAACUCCGCACUGCUGAUUGUGAGGGGGGAUGGUGACGGGGAUGGUGGCUGAUUGAGGAUUGUGAGUGUUUCUCUCAGUGAUGGGAGUGAAAGGAGUUUAUAUCCCCGUCCCCGUCUUCAUGAGGGUUGUGGAAGGGAUGACAGGAUGGUGGCGGCAGACAGGGGCGGACAUCAGGAGUGCUAUUAGCCGUGGGAGUAUGCCCAGUGGUAACUAUUCGGACGCUUGUGUAGGCAGCAGCUGGAGUUGUCGGGUUGUUAUUACAUUGGGUCCUACAAUUCAGACGGGGUCUAUCCGCGCACAGAAUGUUUGUUGAGCGUGUUGACAUGUUGGAGUUGAUGUGGGAGACGUUUGAAACUUACAAGCCGCUAUUUUGAAUUUAGCAUCGGCUAUCCGAUUGACUCCAUAAGUCGCUGCUGCAGCCUGCACUGCUGUCCACCAGGCCGGUCGAUCCUGGAUGAGAUCCUCCAACGUCUCCGCAGUGAUUUGAAGUUCCUUAUUAGGGGUUUACAGGCUUUUCUUGUAGCGUCCUUUUCGUCCUUCUUAUCAGCGAACACCCGUGGCGACAUCGCUUCAGAAGAGUCGUUUGGGUAGAUGCUGGGUAUCUAUCCACACGAGGUGGUCGCUAAAGAGCGGUCGAAGUUGCCUCAGCAUGAUGUGGAUGCCGAGGAUUCCGGUCCGUCUGAAGACUUCCGUGUCGGGGAUCCCGUAUAGUCAUCCCAAAUUCAUCUUUCCUCGGAGGCCGUUUAAGUUGAAUUGGUUGACUUCCCUUCCCUGUCUCUCGUAGGCUGUCCGUGUCUUCCUUUAUACAACAGCGUCGACAAGAUGAGAACUCUGUGCGUCUUGAGUUCGGUGUUGAGGUGGAGACCCUGGCGACUCCACACUGCGUCCUGCAGCCGCCUGAAGGUAUGACUGGCUUUGGCGCCUCGGUGGGCCACUUUAUCGUCGAUUAGGAUGCUGCUUAAACGUGCUGCCUAAGCAGAGAACCUUGUACACCGAGGCGUAUCGGGUGCCGAUGCUUCGUUGCACGACUGCUGCUGCUGUGACACAGUGGCUAUUGAAAUCUGCGUAGAUGCCUUCAUUUGUCGGGUGUUGAGAAACUAGCCUUCGACCCUGUAGUCGACGUAGACUCCUGACAGCUCCUCAUGAUAGGCGUUCGCCAGCAUAACGCAGAACGAAAGGUUAAGGAGAAUUAGCACGAGUACACAGCCCUGGUCCAUUCCACUAGCCAAUUCGGAUGUUUUCAAGAGUGCCCAUUGUCGAUAGUUUGAGCUCUAAUUCCGUAGUGGAGUUGGCGUAUCAUUUUUGUGAAGCGCAUCGGACAUCCGAAUUUCAAAAUAAGCCUCCAGAAUCUGCCGCCAUUCUCUGUAUUGUAGGCCAUGGCCAAGUUUGCGAUUGCAGUGUACAGGCUGGUCUGCAUUUCCUGGCAUUUUUCUUCUGGUUUGCUGGUUGCGAAGAUCAUGUCGAUGAUUCCGCGAUGUCUUCGGAAGUCAAACUAAUUUUUCAGAAGAAGUCUGUGUCCCGGAUGGCCGUUGAGACUACUUAGGAGGAUGCAAGCGAAGAUCUUCCAGCAGUGAUGAACACCGAGAUUCCUCCGUGACUAUCACAGAGUUUUUGGUCCCCUUUCCGCUUGUAGAGAUGGACGAUUGUCAUGUUCUUGAAAUACCGAGGGACUUGUCCCUGCUGCCACAUAUCCUGGAGGAGCAAUGUGAAUCUGUCCAUGAACGGAGGAUAGCCUUGCUCGUUGAGUUUGGAUCCCGGUGCUAUCUCGCUGCCGAGUUGUUGCACAACUCUAACAGUUUCUGGGACAGAAGGCGGGAGGUGCAGUCUGUUAGUGGCAGCGUUAUAGAUUGUGGACGGUCCACGGAGAACGUUUUUGAAGUGUUUCGUCCAAAAACGUAGAUGCAGUGUGUGCAGUGUCGAAACUGAGAAGCAGCGUAGUUCUAUUGACGCGGGUGCCGUAGACUGCCUUGUUGGAGUCAAAGAAAAUCCAGUAAUGACGACUUACAAGGCCAUUAUAGCGUCCUUUGUCCUUGUUUAUGAUACUCCUCGCUGCCGAUAUCACCGUUCUCCAUGAUGAGGACUAAAUCGUUACCAACAUAAAAAAAACUCGAAAACCUUGCUCGACAGUCUUUGAACAGUAGUUGUCAUAUUUUUUAAAGAAAAGUCUCCGUGAUGAAACCAGCGAGCCAAUAUCUCAUCGGAGGGCCUCUCUUCCGUUCAGCUGCGUUCCCGUCAAUCGUACCACGUGCUUAAAGACAAAACUUGCGUAACCAUGUAAAUGGAUGUUAUUGAGUGCUUUGUUUGUUACACCAUUUUUGUUCCUCAGUAAACUAAAUGCGAUGUUAAGCGAGGUAAUAACCUCGUCAGUGAUGGUCUGUAGCUCUUUACCUUCCUACAGAAACCUCACGAUCCAACAGGAAUGUGUACAGAAGUAUGGGAUCCCUAGGUACAAGUCUUGAAGCAGCCGUCUAGCGAAAUUGACUGUAGGCAUGUACUAGGGCUCCUUAAGUCGGCAUUUGUCCCCUCAAAGCGCUGCUCUGCAGAUGGAGUUAACCAAAACGGAGGGUCGGGUUGGCUCAUGGGCUGCGUUCUAUCGGGCAGCACAGAGACCGCGUGAAUCCGCACUUGCUGCCGUAUAUGCGUGCGGUGGCACGUCUUAUAUUCCGCUUAAGCCACCGUACUGAAUCCAACAUGUUGCUGGUUUACAAGCCCGGGCAGUCGACUGUGGCGUGGGAGAGAGAAGGGAGAGGGAUGUUGACAUUGGGAAGGCCAGCUUCGUGGUACAUUAACACAUUCCUCAUUAUGAUAAAUCUGACGCGCCAAAAGUCAUGGCUUGGAAGGAUGCCACCUGGCGAGCUAACCCGGUGAUUCUCAGGACUGAGGGCCUGACAGCAGUGGUUUCUUACCAACGUAGCCAUCAUGGAAACCCGGCGUAUGCGAAAUCCUAGUGUCUGGUACACGUGGAUUGAGAAGGAGGUCAUGUGGAACACGCAUGGUCCGGCUGUUUAGAUUUGAUAGCCGCUGCGUCCGCCUCUACCUCUUGACAUUGUCUUGCUUCUAGAAUCAAGCGGGUGAUGGAGGGUGGUGUGCGUUGGACGCUGUGAAAGUCUGUUUCACUCCAAACUGCCGCACGCGCAAGUCACAUUUACCGGGUCAGUUCCGUGUGACAAGCGGUUUUUGUCGCCAUCCGCGAAGGUCGGAUUGUUAAAAUGUCGUUAGCUAACAAAAAAACCCCGCGGCAAUGUCUACGUGUGGGCUAAACUGAACUCUGUUUACUUCGCGUUGGUAAACUCAACAAAUUGGACCUUAAUGGUUUCGAAAAUCAACUUUAAGCAUCCCAUCAGGUAACAAACCUGGUUUUCAGAAGCAUAAGUCAAGAUGUGUAAUAACCAGAUAGUAAAAGUACAUCUAUUACGAACAACACUGAUACUUUACAGGAAUAAAAACCGACAACGUCGCAAUAUGUGACCCCAUCCAGAAUGCAGAUGAUAGGUCAUUGUGCCUUACGGGACCGGUGGAAGUAAGGGUUAUAUGGGUGGGGCUAAUGGAUGAGAAAGAGAGCAGUGAAAAUGAAGUAAAUUGUGGAAAAAUGUUCUAAUUUCACGAAUAGGUUCAAGUAGAUCCGGGCAUGACCUUGAAAGCGACCCGGAAAAUUGAAUAAAGGCGAAAUUAAACGCCAAAAUCCAAAGGAGGCUAAAUAUAGCGCCCGCACAACAAGACGCCAAGUUCAGAAAUAAAGGCAGCGAAAUAUCUAACAGAAACCUAAGGGCGAGUGACGUUGGCGAUCUCCGCAAGGGCAAAGUGGGAAUGUUGACCCAACGGCGCGACAUAAUGAUGCAGAACAGUGGAUCACAGGGAAGCCACCAAGGGGGCGAGCAAAGGCACAGUAUACUAAAUUAGCGUGUAUACCAACCGACGAAUAAACUGGAUGUGAUAUCUAAGCGGAAAACUAUGCUGUCUUGGAAAAGGCAGUCAGUUUACUCAAAUUAAACGUUAAUACUGUCAUAAGAAUUAGUGGGCAGUAAUAAGUAAUAUGCAAAGUUGGGUCAUAUAUCGCGUCCUUUCCUAAAAACCUUUGCCAGGCAGGUCCAAGUGAUCGGCACAAAACUGUUCACUCGAAAGAGAGCUAAUUUCAAUUAUUUUGUUAACAGUGAAGUAAAUGCCAAUAGAAGCGAAGAGACGAGCCCCAGGAAGUAAUCUUGAAGAAGGAGACACGAUCGCCGGGACAAGAGCUUUAUUAGCCUGACGUUUCGGAUUCCUACUCGAAUCCAUCAUCAGAGACAAAAAAGCGGAAACGGGUGGUUGUUGCAUAAGGGGCUGUGGUAUUUAUAGGAUGCAGAAGCCAUGCUACCACAUACCUAUGAACAUUCACGGCUCCCACCCCUUCAUCAGGGAUUGUUGCACGUGGCGUGAUGGCCGACAUUCGAGUCGAUAAUUGCUGCAAUCUCAUCACGUGCGUUGGAUGUUGGUGUGAUGAUUGCUCGACCAUCUGACGCAUCGACCCCGGUGUUGGGAAAAGUGUUCACCUCUGCUCUCCCCACAGAUUCUCGCAAGAGGUGACAACUGCGUGAGCCGGAAGCUACUGGAAUCAUGGUUUACUGCCCCCCCCCCAGUCCAUCAACAAGUGCAACGAUGUUCCCACUCCAUACUCCGUGCUGAAACUUCGCCUUGGCGGAGUAACAAGCCAUGCGGCGAUGCAAACCGCAGCGUAUUCUAUCACUUGCUGAUCCUGUUGUAGGUCCUCCUCGUUAGUGUUCCAUUGCUAAGUUAAAUAUGACGCUCAUAAGACUGUUUGAGGACCAGCAGGUGAACUGCCUCGAUUUAAUGUUCACUAAGUCGCCUGAAAACAUGGACAUCGUGAACUGGCCCCUCUCAGUGGGUCAGAGUGACCAUGUGGAUCUUAUAUAGGAAUACGUCUUGUUUUUCUGCCAGUCCAACCACCUAACUCCCUGCCCAAUAUUUAGCGUGGCAAUUACGAACAUAUGAAAGAUAAUUUUAUUCCUCUUGACUGGGUAUAUAAACUCUCCGGAGAUAUCGAGGAGGCUUGGCGGCAGUUCAGAGAGAUAGCCCACAACCCCAUCUUCAGCCACUGCCAAUCAUGCCAAGAAGACAACCAAACAGAUCGCGUUGGUUGAUUUCACCUUUGAAGAAGGAAGUUUAAAAAAAGAGGAAACAACGAAAAAGAACCCUCAAUGAUCGGACGCCCGAAUCCCUCAACAAUUACAAGUUACUGAAAAACCGGGACAAAAUCCCCAUCGUCGGGGAUCGACAAGUCUUCGAAAAGAAUCUUUUGAACCAUGUUUUAGUUAAUGCCGAGGUCUUUCACGGUACAUAAGGCAGAGCACGUGGAAAAGGAUCAUAUCCAACUGCUUCAGAUGGCCGCGGAUACGGAAAUCUCGGAAGACAAGGAUAAGGCUGAACAUCUCUUUUAGUUCUUCAGGUCCAUCAAGACAAAAGAACCCGACUAUUUCCCACCCACCUGUGAAGACAAGGAAACGCGUACUAUUGAAACGGUUAUUCUGUAUCAGUAACACCAACAAUAGAUUACGGAACAAGCAGACAGUCUUGGUGUUGAAAGGAUAAAACAAUGAGGAUAUCAUUGAAAAUGACGCUAAGGCAGAACAUCUAAGUCGGUUUUUUGCAUCUGUUUUCACUGAUGAAACAGACUUUGACGAGGUUGGAUUGCCUGCUGGAACAACUGACGAAAUAAAAGAAAACAUCGACUUCACGGAAGAUGAUGUAAGGAAGGAACUUCUAGCGCUUAAGGAGGGUAAGUCUCCGGGUCCAGACCAAAUUCCGACAAAAGUUCUGAAGGAGUUGGCUUGCGAACUCGCCAGACCGCUUUUGCAUAUCUUCAGGUCGUCCUUUGACCGAGGCAUUCUCACCUCUGAUUGGAAAGUGGCGAACAUAUACCCCAUUCACAAGGGUGGAUCUAGAACUAGUACAAACAAUUAUUGGCCGGUGAGCCUAACGUGCAUUUGCUACAAAUUCAUGGAGAGAAUAGUCAAAAAAUCCAUAAUGAAGUUUCUCGAAGAAAAUAAUUUCUUCGAUAAUUCCCAACAUGGCUUUCGACGAAAUUACUCCUGCCUAACUAACAUGCUCUAUUCAACGGAACAGUGGUCUCGCUCGAUAGACGAAGGAACAAGAGUCGAUAUCGUUUACAUCGAUAUUAAGAAAGUGUUUGAUAGUGUUCCACACCACCGGUUACUUUACAAGGUCCGAGAGUCAGGGAUAAGGGGAAACCUACUAAACUGGGUAAAGGACUUUCUGGCUGAUCGAUUACAGUCUGUGAGUAUUGGUAGUGCGAAGUCAACGACAGUGCCAGUUGUGAGUGGAGUUCCUUAGGGCUCUGUACUCGGACCAUUGCUAUUUUUAAUUUAUGCUAACGACUGUAUGAAUGGACUGGACUGCAAUGGAGUCAUGCUUGCCGAUGACAUCAAGUUAUGGCGAGCGAUCAACGGGGAAAAUGAUGAACGGGCCCUGCAAGCAGGGCUGAACCGCCUAUGCGAAUGGUCUGAUAAAUGGCAGUUGAAGUUUAACCUUGAGAAGUGCGUCGCGCUGAGACUCAAAACAGCUAAAAGAGUCGACGGAGAGGAUCACCAUUACCUGCUUGACAAAAGGUGCCUUUCAAAUGAAACCGAACAAAAAGAUCUUGCGAUCAACAUUUUGUCGACCCUUUAAACUUCCUCUCAGUGCGUUAGGGCGGCCAAAAGGGCAACCAGUGUUCUCUUUGCCACUAAACGAACUUUCGUAGACAUAGACAAAGAGUUAUUUGGUAAAGUAAACGGAGCGUUCAUUCGUUCGCAUCUGGAAUAUGGAAUCCAAGAGUGGUGCCCAUGGCUAAAAGAAGACUAUAAGUUGCUAGAAAGAGUUCAUAGGAGGACGACAAAAAAUUGUGAAAGGCCUCAGGACUUUACCUUACAACUGCCGACUUAGUGAACUUAACCUCGUUCCUCUUGAGUACAGACAGAUUCGAGGAGAUCUCAUACAGGGAUAUCGGAUAUUGAGGAACCGGGACUGUGCUCUAAACCUCGACGAUUUAUUCACCCUGGCCACAACAACAAACCUGCGUGGGAACUCUCUGAAACUUAGAGGAUCCCGAUGCCGUCUGGACGUUCGCAGAUACCGUUUUUCACAGCGAGUCGUCGGUGCCUAGAACGGGCUUUCCGAGGACGGAAUAAUGGCGGAUACCACGGAGACGUUCAAGCAAAGACUAGAUGUAUAUUUGCUUGGACAAUACCGUUUUUCUGGACAGAACAGAUCUGUGGUGCCAAACCAACGCCUUGCAUACACCUAUCGCUAAUGCGGAUGACUGUCGUUUCAUUUUACCGAGAUGAUGCAUAACUUGAGUUUCAGUCCUGCAUUUUAAAUGAAAAAUAUUCUGUUGCGUGUUAGUGUUACUGACAACAUUUUAGCACCAUGUUUAUUUCAAGUUAGAUAUUGUACGUACCUUUUAAAAUAGGGUUUUUAAAGGCAUUGCCUAUUUCACUUAAAAUAUACUGGCCAAAAGCAUCCCAGCCCAAGUCUAACGUACAUUUCACAAAGGCGCAUUCUAAUAUCGCUAGUUCUGAAAUCCCGGAGGACAAACCUGGUCGUUCGGCGUGCUUUGGAGUAAAUCAGAGUGUAGCUUUCUGAAACUAUCAAGACUCUUGGAAUAUGAUACAUCCAGAUCCUUUAUAACCUCAGGCACAUUUAUGCCGUGAACGCUAAUACUUAGCUAGGGUUGGUGGUCAUGGCCAACCAGCAAAACUGAACAUUUAUGCCAAGAAACAGAAAGGCGACAUGUGCAGUACCACUGUCAAAGACCUGAAGAUCGCUCAUUGGCAGUUCGAGCAGGAUGUCGCCAUCUGCCGGCUUGUAUCGUUAUGCAACCUUUGAAUCGUCGCAAACAUGAAAGACCAACCAUUUUGAAAUAAAUCUGGUACAUCACUGACAAAAAGGCAAAAUGGGAACAGGACAAAUGCACAAUUCUGAAUGAUUCCACGCCUCGUGCGUGUGCGUUUGAAGAUAGCGUUGGAAAUCUUAAUCCGCUGUGUGCGACCAUCCAGAUAAGAGGAUAUCAAAUUCAGAGUUUUACCACCUAUUCCGACAGAGCGAAGUUUCGUGAGAAGGAGAGAAUGGUCAACACGACCAGAAAACUUGAUGAAAUCGAAAUAGACUGUGUAAAAUUCGAAACCAUCAUCUUUAGAUUGGAGAACAUGAUCAAAGAAAGAGAGCUUGCAGGUGUCCGAAGACCAAGUUUUGAGGAAUCCAUGCUGAGCAGCACUCAGUAGGUUAUCGUCUGUUAAGUGACACAUUAGCUUAUCUUUGACCAAUGUCUCUACGAUUUUCGAGCUGCCGGAGGGGUGUUUAUUGACCGAGCAUCUUUAAAUGUUGUGAUUUAGCCCAGCUUGGAAAGGGAAAAAUAUAUGAUUCCUUCCACAAAGUGGGAUGGGUUUCAUUUUCUAGAACAAGUUAAAGCAUUCUGCGCAGGAAAUAAGGGGAAGCCUUAUUUGCGUCCGCUUUUGAAGUUCUAGAUGGGACAGCAUCAGUUUUCGGGCUACAGUUACGACCCAGGGGAUGAAAGUUAUAAUUUCGAGAACAACAUAGGUUAAAGCCUAGAUGCCCGAAAACGGAGCGGUUGAGUGCUUAAUGGAAGUUUUAAACACGAAAGCAAUUGAUCCAUCUGCGGCGAUCUAAGCGUCAGCUGUAAGAUUUCAAAGAGCAUCUCGGAGGGUGAGAUGCCGCGUUUUCCCAUAGCGUCUUACUUUUCGACGAAAAAGUUUCGCGAUUCUUUACGAGCUUCUUCGUGAGAAGUGUACCUCGAAGGUUAGCUGUUUUUUUUCUCGGACAGUCUAUUAACCCGCAUAAAAAUAUAGCCAAUGGAUAGGAAAACGCGCAAGGUAUUCUGCAGACGAAAUCGACGAGAGAGUCUGCCCAGCCUACGGCGAAAGGUCGAGUGGAGGAAAACUUCAUCACCGAUAUCAAUUAAAAUUUAUAGAUAUUUUCUGCGUAGGCUGUGUGCGUAAAAAUAAAAAGAAAACGUGUUCUUAAUGAGUGCGGAAGUAAGAAAAAUGAAAAACACACACAUAGAAAAGCGCAAAGUAUAUGCAGAAAAACUGAAAAUACUAUUUAGAUUUGACUACAUUGCCAUUCUGGCGGCAAAUCCAAGUUCGCUGGGCCGCGUCCGGUUGUCGGUCUUGAGGAUUGGCGUUGUGAGUUUGUGGACUUAAUGCUAUGGUCCUUCUCGAUUUGCUUUCACGUACUGCUUUGAGGCUAUUUACUUCUGGAAGCGGGAACCGGGCUAGUUGCGGGAUUUUCUGUUUUGUAUGGACGAGUUAUUCUUUUUGUGAGACAGAGGUACCGAAGAUAAUAUAGUAUUUUAUAUUCCUGCAUAUAACUAAGAGGAAGAAGUAUCGAACUUGGAUCAGUCAUCGCUCCUCUAACCCCCGUCGACCUUUGGUUGUGAUAGGGAAUUUUCUAGCCAGGUCGUCUAUUUUGCAUAAUUGUUAUAUAACAUAGCGAAGAACUCAUUGUCGCACUCAUUGAAAUGGGCGUGGACAGUAGUAGCAUUAACGACUUUAAAAGAAAUGACAUAAACUACGAUACAAAGAAGCAUACUUGGAUCCAAGUAUGCUUCUUUGUAUCGUAGUAUACUCGCCCUUGACUCGGAAUUCCGUCAUCGACUCAAAUUAUUUUAUUGCUUAAUUUUACGCAUUUGCCUGUGCUAGUCUUGCGCCUUUUAAGUCAGUCAUGUUCACAUUCCAUUUCAGACGAUUUGUGA